UAUAUACAUAUUAAUUAACUUUGUUUUGUGCUUUUGAAUAUUGUAUAAAUUAAUCUAAAUAGCGUUCAGUAUAUUGAUACUUUGCUCUAUACAUUGUGAUAGUUAUCCUGUUAAAGGUACAAAAUUCUUCAUAGAUCUAAAUAAUAUAUUUAGCAGCAUUUUGUAUAUUUACUUUGACUAUGUAUCACACUGUGUAUCCGCCACAAAUAAUGGUGCAGAUAAUGGGUGGCCAACAGGCGAAUGGACAGUGUCCGCCGCUUCAAACACAUGCAAUGCACAUUCAUGGUACAAGUGCGUUCCAUCAUAAUGAAUGUACAAAGUAUCGUCCUGAUACUUGUACACAGAAUAAGCAUCAAUUGAUACAGACAGGAUCUUAUCCAUUGGAAUUAUUGCAACUGAUGGGUGUUGAAAUACCUUCCCUGCAACGUAUAGAAUAUGUGCAGUCUAAUAGUGGCACACCUUUAGGAAAUUGGCAGAGGCGUAUAAAUACACCAAAUAAUUCACCCAUUGUACCAUCUCCACAUAUUACUUUUAGACCAACCAAUAAUGGUUUGAUAAAGAAAUCAAAUUGGUAUAGCAGUAAACUUGGUAAAAAAAGUUCCUUUAAAGAAUCAUUCGGAAACAAUGAAAAAUAUGGCAGUGAUAGUGGCUUUAGUUCCCGUUCACCUACACCGAAUAAAUAUCAAGUUGAUAGUAGCCAAACAGAAAGCUCGGAUGAACGAGAUUCUAUAAUUUCUUCUGUUGAACAGAGUAUGAACAAGCCACAGAAACUUCAUUCAAAUAAUAUUAUAAAUAGUAAUAGAAUAGUACAGUAUGGUGUAAAUUCAAAUACUCAUCAGUUUUAUCAAAAUCAAAGACCAUUUAACUCUUAUCCUACCGCAAUGUCAACCUCUAGGCCCCAGGUACAGAAUUAUCAGAGUAAAAGAAGAUAUCAUUCAGGAAGGAAUAGCCCACCAUCACAGAGAGUACAACGAAGCAAAAAAUAUGUAGGAUUGUUGUCGCCAAAUUAUAGUACAUUUCCUAGGUAUGGAAUCGCUCCAGAUCGAUUCCUCGCUAGAUCCCAUUUAGUAGAAGUAAUUCGUACGCCCGACGAACUGCUCAGUGGAUCGAUUUGGGAUAAUCUUUCCAAAGAUAUUUGGUCAAAGUUUAUGGUAAAUCAACAGACUGAAACUGUAUACAGGAACAAAAUGAUGUUAUGGAGAUAUCUGUAUAUUUACAUUAAAACUGCAUUUCCAAAGUAUGGUUUAUUUUUGGUUGGGUCUACGAUGAAUGGAUUUGGAUCGGAUAACAGUGAUGUUGACAUGUGCCUUUUAGUGAGGCAUACGGAGAUGGAUCAAAGAAUUGAAGCUAUCGGGCAUUUGGAACAAAUUUUGAAAUGCCUGAAGAGAUGUGAGUUUAUAGAACAGCUGGAACUUAUACAAGCAAAGGUACCAAUUCUAAAGUUCCACGAUUCGAUACAAAAUUUAGAAGUGGAUUUAAACUGCAACAAUGCUGUCGGUAUUCGGAACACUCACUUGCUGUACUGUUACUCUCGGAUUGACUGGAGAGUGAGACCGUUAGUUCUUGUGGUCAAACUUUGGGCACAGUGUCAGAAUAUCAACGACGCGAAAAAUAUGACCAUAUCAAGUUAUUCCUUGGUUCUUAUGGUUAUCCAUUUUCUCCAGUGUGGUGUUAACCCUCCCGUGUUACCUUGUUUGCACUCUCUCUACGAAGGUAAAUUCACACCGCACACGGAUAUUCAUUGCAUCGAUAUGCAAGAAGAAUUAGACAUUCCAACUGCCGUAUUACGGCCAAAGAAUCGGCAGUCAUUAGGGGAGCUUCUAGUUGAAUUUUUUAGAUAUUACGUUACAUUCGAUUUCAAUCAGUAUGCGAUAUCGGUGCGAUUGGCUAAUAAAAUUCCCAUAGAGGAAUGUCGCAGAGUGAGGUCCUACAAAAAUGAUCCACAUCAAUGGAAAUACCUGUGCAUCGAAGAGCCAUUUGAUCUAACCAACACCGCAAGAUCGGUCUACGACCCAGACGUGUUCGCGAGGAUCAAACGUGUGUUCGAUCGAACCUACCAGAACUUAAAGGAACACCACGAUCUGGCCAGGAUAUUCGUGAAGGGGAGCAGUUUAUUUUUGCAAUGGGCCUCGAUCAACGUGACCGUGAAGCAACUCGAUUGAUAAUCCUUGCCACACUGAUGUCCGAGAGCACAUAGUGUGGCAGUCUGCUACGCUUAUUUCGGGCCGACCCGCUCGUAAUCUUGUGAUAAUCUGCGCUUGCGUGCAACGGCUCACCUGUUGCGUUUCUAUCAUCGAAUUCUUUUCUCGUUUCGUUCCCGUUCUAUUUGAAUUUUCUUUUUUAAAAUGAAUGUGCAAUGCCACUUUGUUUGUAUACGAAGCGAAAGAAAGAAAGAAGGAAAGAGAAAAAGAGAGAGAGAGAAAAAAAGGAAUUGAUCCUAAAGAGGUCAUUAGUUUACGUAUCAGAAAUUCUUCCUUGAACGAGCCGUGCAAUAUUAUUAUUCGUAGUUCUCGAGGAAGACCCUUGGAUUAGAAAUUGAAGGUUUGACAGCGUUCCUCUCGUACGAACAUCCGUCGAUCAUCUUUGGAGUUUUGUUCAG